AUGUCCAUCGCGGAUAGUAAAAUGCUCGUUUCCUAUACAAUCCGUUCAAUGCGAUGCGGAACUGGAGCGGAGCGGAACUCUCACAACUUUACCCGCGACGGACGCAUUCGUAAAUACGUGGCGGACGGUCCGCGUCGCACUAAAAAGCGCCUUAAGCUUGACGUCUUGCUACAUUCCAACUCAAUGUAUAGACGUCAUGCAAUCUGGAAACUAGCUUAUAUAAAGAACGAAAUUCAUAAAGAACCAUAUUUAACUGUUACAUCAAGAAGUAUGAAAGAUAAGACCACAGCACUCCCGUUAAUUUUAAGAGUUCGAAGAAGAGAGUUCUGGCUAAUACGUGCUGCUAACGAUAUUAGGUGCUUAGACGACGACGACAAUCACCACGCAGCGACUUUGACAUUCCGAAGGCGUCAAUUAAUUGAAAGAUGCCAUGAGGCGCGCAGUGUGCGUCACCCCGACCUCAUACCGGAGGUGUCGGUGAAGCGGACGAGAGAGGAGUUGGCCAAGUAUGCGGCGCAAACGCUCCCGCUGAACCGGCGGCUCAACGUCGAGUCCGGCUGGUCGAAGGUUGAGGAGGUGCGAAAGAAGUUCGAAGGAGCUGCAGCGUCCGCAUCGUUCUCCAGAUCUUUUGAGUCUCCUCCCAGACGGCGAUUAGCCGACUCCUUGUUUGCGAGCUUCAAACUUCCACGCAAGAAGGACGGUAUGUCGCUUCAGCGGUCCCUGGCCCCCCACCCGCAGCAGAAACGAAAGUCCGCCGUCGAACUGCUGGCGGAGUCGAAGGCCUUCUAUGUGAAGUCUGAGACUGUGUUAGAUAGGAAACAGGAGCUACCACUGAGGGUGAGCAGUGGGUUAAGCCAGGCAAUAGCAGCUGGUGGCUGCCACUUAGUUAGCUCGGCAGCUUUAAACAGCGAUGCUUGUUGUAAUCCUUACGCGACUACUAGAAGCAUAGGUAGUACAAGACGAGCCAUAAGCGCUGGCGAAGGUCUCCAGAAUACAUUGCGAAGAUUACUCGAGCAUUCCGACAGCAGAGAAAAUGUCUACUCACCGGCAUAUGCCACUCACAAAAUGUACUCGGAGAGUCGACGCAUAAAAGACUCUUAUCCCGAGCGGGAGUUAAAUCCUCGCUCGCAGCAUACUUCUGGGACCUUCUCUGGGACUUCCUCCUCCGGAACAUCAGGGUCUAAAGCACACAAAUCGGAUCCCGAGAAGAUGAUCAGACCGCUUAGCUUUGGAGACGCGAGGGUAUUCUUCCCGGAGUCCUUUGUGAUACCCCGCCAGAGGCCGAGUGAAGUUGUAAUAAAAAGCGCUUUCUCGAUACCGAGUUCACAUUCAAGCCCUGAGAAUAUAGAGUUACCUGAGCCGGUGCCAAGUGGACCGGGUUCGCCCGCGGAUCAGCUUGGUGCUAUCAGUCCACCUGCGCAGUACGCGCAUUCUGCACCCAGAUACAUUAGAUCGAAUUCUCACUCGCAGCCGAGUGUACGUGAAGAGGAUGGUUGUAUUAACAUCAAUAGUCACAAGUCCUUGCCGGACCUACACACUCAAGUGGGACGCGGUUAUACCGAGCAUACCACUGUGCCAACGGAGACGAUAGGCUCUAUAGGGCGAUCGCCUCGACGUCGAAGACACUCCAACCACCAAAGGACUGCGUCAUGUUCUUCCAAAGGCACCAGAUCGAACCACUCUUCGUUGAUGUCGUCAUGCGAAGCGUUCUCGGAACAUCCAUCACCGGGUGAAGACAACUACCAGUCGUAUAACAGUCGUUGCGGUUCGUCAUUCGCCCGUGAUUCGGGCGGAUCGAGCGGUCAUUACACGCAACGAAGUGCGCCGCCACACGCGCGACGUCGCACCGACUCCGGCUCAUCUACGCAACACGAACACAGGUCUGUAUCAUCAUCAUCAUCUCCAGCCCUUUUACGUCCCCGCUGCAGGGGCUCAGGCAGUGGCGGACUAACCCUGACGGGGGCCCGGGGCGGCAUUAGCCGGUACAACGCUUACUACGGCGGCGAUGGUUCCCUCGAGUGCUACGUGUCGGCGCCGCCUCAGUUCCAAGAUGGCGCUCCCUCCCCGCCCCCGCACCCGCCCGCGCCCUACCCCCCGCACACCCGCGUCGGUAUACACUUCCAGGCAAGCGCCCCACCACCGCAAUUCCAAGAUGAUCCAGUGUAUGACUACGGUGACUAUGAGUGUACUUACAAAACCCCGCUCAAAUGUCUAAAUGUAUCCAGAAAGGAGUACGCUAACCCUAAAGAUUACACCAGAUAUCAUGAGCCAAAUAUGGAGCUCAUAAACAAACAACCUCAAUACCAGGAACCACGCAUGAGACCGCGCAUCGACGACACACAAGAAUACGUUAAUACAGCACAGAUUUGUCCGCCUGAAGAGGUGACUUCACCUCUGGGCACGUUCAAGAGACAGCGAUGUUUACGAUACAAGCAACGGCGGCCAAGGCCAAUACUACGCUCUAAAUCUGACAUAUCUGAUAGAUACCGUCGCACGGAAUCAGGAACGGGUGGAUGUGAAGGCGAAGAACAGGUGGAUAGUGGAUCGGAAGGAUCAACUCGUCUGCGACAGUUCUUUGAACACCUUGGAUUGGAGCCGAGACAAUACGAUGCUAUAGUACGACAUCCACCACCAGACAGCCCAGUGUUCUUUUCCUCCGCAUCCACAGUAGAUUCCAAUCAGCUAACCACUGCUGCUGAUUACACGGUUCAAGGACCCGGUGCCCAGAAACAAAUAUACCGUAACACGGAACCUCCUAGCGUAGUGGAACGAAACGCACGCAUCAUCAAAUGGCUCUGUCAAUGCCGCAAGACACAAAUGCAGCCUCCACAUUAA